AUGGAGUAGUGGGUUGGCACGUUUCCAGUUGGUUGAAAAAUUCCAUUCCCGUCCGCCACCCGCCGGACCCCCCCCAUGGCCGCCGCCCCCACCGGCCUCUUCUCCGGCGUCUGGUCUCGCCUCCAUGCCGCGGCUUCCCUCUGGCGACGCCGGGGACAGCUCCCCGGCGGCGAUGACAGAGACGGGGUGGGUGAGGAGGAGCAGGACGAGGCGGCGGCCGUGCGAUCGCGCUUGGCCAGGAGGGCGGCGACGGCGAGGCGCCUCGGGAGGAAGCUCGCCUUCGUCUCCUUCAACCUCGAGGUGCUGGUAUUCGUUUAUGCGUUCUGGAGGGCGAGAAGACGGAGCUUCACUUGGAGGCUACCCGCCCAAGCGCUGCCCAUGCUCCUAAUCCCCGCUCUAGCUACACUCAUUUACGCUGCCUUCGUGCGAUUCACCAGGAUGCUUGACCUCAAGGACAAGAAAAGGCUUGAACGGCUUCAAGAGGACAAGCAGCAAACUGAUGCUGAACCAAGGGAGUUUGACCAGAACGACCAAAACAAUGUCCAGAGCUGCGAUGGUGUGGACGAUGCUAGCGAUUCUAUUGUUGCAACUGAUUCAGUGCCACGCACACCUAAACUUGGGAAACACAGCAAGUCGAGCAUUAGCCAGAGGGAUGACAGUGAAAUUGAUAUGGCUUGGGGUCAUAGUAAUGACUUCCAGCCAGCGCCCUCAGGUGGACUAAGGCUGAGAAGAUUGUCAAGUGCAAAAACAUACAUGACCAAUAGCAGUGCUACAGAAAGAAGCGAGGAAAACACGCCAUCUAUCUCUGCACAUUCACAUCAGCAUGUCCAUGUCCUUAUUUCCACUGAAGAUAAUGUUUCAUAUCCUUCUGACGAUCAAUCAAGAUCUGCUAUGUCUAGCAUGCUUGCUCAACCUGCAAAUGCCCCUCAAGAAUUACCUGCAGGAGGUGGUGAGAAUGAAAAGUUCGAUGGAUUGUGGGACAUCACUGGCACUUGUUCCAGUUACAGCAAGGAGAAUAGGUUGUCUCCAGCAGGUCCUCAUAAUAGUUUUUGUGACAGAGACGAUUCACGCUCAAGUGGGCAUGCAGUUUCAUACUUGUCAACUGCCUUCGAGGAAUUGCUUGUCAAGGGUGUCGAGGAGAAAGCAUCGCCUGAACCACACACAUCAGCUAUGCUACAGCUGCGUUCUUCCACUUCAGAGGAGAAACCAACUUCGUGUGUAGCCGAUGACAAUGAACUCGUAAUUACCUCUGAUGUGGAGACAUGUCUUCUGCCACCCAUCUGUAGUGAUGUCCACGACAAUGCAGCCAUUGUGAACAUUGAUACAGCCAGUCCUAAAUGGAACCUUCUUCUGCAGUUGUAUGGGGUCGAGCAUACAGGAUCGUCCAAAUUCCAUAUACCAGAGGAAAGUACUACACCCUCCAACUUAGAGGAGGUUUUAAUGUGCCCACCUUUAGUUAAUAGUAUCGAACGUUGCUUGGGGACUCCAGAGUUCUCUUUUUGCAGCCGAGAGACUGAAAAGCUGGAAGUUGCUGGAAAUGACAGCUUUACUGAUGAUAAUCCAGAGUUCAGCUUCGUAUCCUCUCCAGAGUUAGCUGUGGAGGGUGGUAAGGGUGCCAUUGAGAAAGAAUUAUGUGAAGUGAAAACAAAUGAGGAAAAUGCUAUCAUCAAUAUGGAGGAGGAGGAGGCUUUGCAAGACCCACUUAUAGAAACCUGUAGUACUAGUGCACAAUGCUUGGAAGCUUCAGAUGUCUAUUUAUGCAUUCAAGAUGCCAAGAUAAGGGAAGUUCCUGGAAUUACAAACUUUGUUACAGCCAAUUCUGAAUUAAUGUACCCGGCGUCCACAGAGUUACUUGCAGAAGGUGAUGAGGACAUCAUGGAGGAUAAAACAUCCAACUUUCUCUUACUGGAGCAGAAUGAUGUACCUUCUAAUUUUGAAAAGGAACCUAUUCUGGAUUCACUUGUAGCUGAUACUGACGAACAUUUUCUGGUUACACCAUUAUAUAGUGAGGAGGUUGAGAUAACAGAGGUUCAUGAUGUUGUCAAGGAAGGUAUUUUUGAAUCAGAAGGCGAGAAAGCAUUUGACUAUCGGAAGCUUGUUGUCACCCCUUCAUAUGAUGAUAGUAACACUCCAAGUUUGAUAAGUGAUUCAAUGCCUGUGCAAUUCAUUCCAAAUACCGACAUAAAUGAAGCUCUUGAAGGUAGCCAGGAAGCAUUUUCAGAGCCGCUACACCAAAGCACUCGCCAGUCUGAAGGAAUGUUCUUAUCUUCAGGGGAGAGCAAUAAUGACGAAGUCUAUUCAAGCAACUCAAAUUCAUAUGCCAAUGUGGUUGAAGACGAAGCGCCCUUUGUUGGCCAGGAAGGACUCUCUAUGUUUCAAGAGGAGAUGCCGAUUACUUUUUCAGACAGUCCCAUCUUUCUGGAUGAAGUUAAAAGUGCAGCUAGUGUUGACAGUGAUGCAUCCAGUCCUGAAUUGAGCCUUCAAACAGACCUGCAUGGUGUGGGAGUUGAGGAGAAUGAAUCAUCCAAGUCCCAUGUACCGGAGGAAAUCAGAACACCCUUCAGUUUGGAGGAAGUUUUACUAUCCCCACGUGCAGUCAAUAAUGGAAGUCUAUUUAAGCAACUGAAAUUUAUAUGCCAAUCUGCGGGGACCCCAGAAUUCUCUUUAUGCAAUCAAGAGAGUGAGGAAGCGGAAGUUACUGGAAGUGUCAGCUUUAUUAAGGCCAGUCCUGAGAGCUUCUUAUCGUCUCCAGAGUUAGUCGCGGAGGGAGGUGAGGAUGCCAGAGAUAAAGAAACAGGCGGAAUGAACUCAGAGGAGGAGAAUGUGACACUAGUCAAUUUGGAGGAUGAAGCUUUGCAAGGUGAGCUUGUGGUCGGUACUACAGAUCAGUGCUUGGAAACUUCAGAGUUUUCUUUACCCAGUCAAGGUGCCAAGACGACGGCAGUUCCAGAAAUUCUCAGCUCUUUUACAGCCAGUCCUGACUUGAACUGCCCUGCAUUUCCAGAGUUACUUGCAGAGGGUGGCAAGGACUUGAAGGAGCAUGAAACAUCUGACGUGCACUUACAUGAGCAGAAGGGCCUAUAUAUUAAUUUAGAGGAGCCUUUUCUGGAUCCACUUGUAGUUGAUACUGCUGAAGAUGCAUUAGUUACACCAGAACUUUUGAUGUGCAGUGAAGAGGUCAAGAUGACGGAAGUUCAUAGAGUUGUCAAGGAAGUUUUCUCUGAAGUAGAAGAUGAGGGAGCAUUUGACCAUCAAAAGCUUGUUCUCACCUCUCCAGAUUAUGAUGGUACCACCCAAAAUUUGAUAAGUAAUUCAAUAUCCAGCCAAUUCAUUCCUGAUGCCAGUGUUAAGGGAGCUUCUAAAGCUGGUCAGGAACCAUUGUCUGAGCCACCACAUGAAAGCACUUGUCAUUCUGAAGGAACAUUUUUAUCUUCAGGUGAGAUCAAUCAUGAUGAAGUGAAAGUCAAAGCACCAUUUGCUGGCCAGGAAGGACCUUCUAAGUCUGAAGAUGAAAUGGCUUUGACUCCUCUAGAUACUUCCAUCUUACUAGAUGAGGUUGCAAGCACAGAAAAUUUGACAGACAACUCUGGAUCUUCUCAAUCCAUCCCAAACAGCAAUCAGACUCAGUCUCUCCACGGUCAUGAACAAGCUCCAUCUGAAACAUCACAGGAAGAAGUUACUUCUCUUCUCGAGGGAAGUCACACAUCUUCAGAUGAAGGCAUAAACUCUGAAAUAUUUUCGCUCUAUUCCAGGUCAUCUUCAUGUGUUUCAGAGAUCAACAUGUUGGAAACUCUCAGAGGUGGCACAUCUUCUGAAUCCCCAAGUGGCCGUGAUUCAAACUUUGGUGAGAGGAACCCUGUGACAUUUUCCAACAUGGAUAGUACAGAAAGUAAUACAAAUGACCCAGUGACUGCUGAAUUUAUUCUAGAGACCAACAUGACUGAAACUCUUAAUGCUGCUGAGGAAUCAAUUAUUGGUUCACCACAUGAAGAUUCUUCAAACUUUCUGGGCACUUUUGUAGCUCCAGAUGUAAUCAAUGACAUGACAGAAUCGGAUAAACACUUGGACUUGUCGUCCUCUUCAUUUGCUCCAGUGAUUGAUGCAUUUGAAUCAUUGGAAACUGGCCAGGGUUUCUCUGAGCUGCAAUCUGAAAUUGGUUUUACAGUUCAGGAGACUUCGAUGUUUCCUAAGGAGGUAAACAAUGCCGAAAAUUAUUUUACUGAUACAAUUGGUGGUCCUCAAGAUAGCGAGAGAACAGCAGUUGUAGCUUUGCUAGAUGAAGAUUUAACUCUUCACAGGGCUUACAUGUCUCCUGAAGAUGUAAGUGAUGUUCAGAAUUCUUUGGCUGAUGAUUAUGCUUCAGAUCUUCCUCACAUGGUGGAGAGUCAUUGCAUCAGCGAAAAGUUGUCACCUGAAUCUCAGGACCCUUUAAUUUCAGAGGAGAUUUUGCUUUAUCCAGAUGAGGGUUCCAAUGCUGAACCUUUGGGUGAUCCUCAAGAUAGGGAAGAUGAAGAUUUAACUCUUCACAGGGCUUACGUGUCUCCUGAAGAUACUAGCGACGUUGAAAAAUCUUCAGCGUAUGAUUAUGCUUCAGAUCUUCCUCACAUGGCAGAGAGUCAUUGCGGCAGAGAAAAAUUAUCACCUGUAUCUCAGGACCCCUUAAGUUCUCAAGUGCUUUAUCCAGACGAGGGUUCCACCGCUGAAAAUGAUUUAGGCACUGCAUACCCACCUUUGCGUUCUACAGAGGUCAACUUGGCUGAACCUUGCGGUAUCGAUCAGGAAAGAACUCAGCAACAUGAUGGGACCAUGUUGGGAUCUGAGGAUAUUUAUAUGGUUGACCAGGAAGCCGAUCCUGAAAAUCUUGAUAACAAUUCAGGGUCGCUAGAUGUUCCAGAUGCCACUAUGACGGAUAGUCUUCGAGGGGCAGAGAUAGUAACAUCUGAGAUACUUUAUGAUGGCAUGUUCAGUUUUGAGGGGACGUUAAUAUCUCUAGAUGGUGAUAACAUUGCUGAGGAGGAUUCUCCUAACAAGUCAGGUUCUGGUAUGCACACUGCACAGGCCAGCACAACAAGUUUCCUUGGUCUUCAAGAAGGAUCUUUCAAGCUAGAACAUGAAAAGGCAGUUAAUUCUAUUGUCACAUAUGAGGUUGAUACCAAAGAAACAAGUAGCUCAAAUCGUGGUAAUUCCAGCUCCGCUUUAACUCGCCAUGACAUCAGCUUCAUGGAGGCUCCCCAGGAAUGCCAUAUAGAUUCUGAAAGUGAAAAAGUUUCCGCCAAGGAUAAGGAACCAAAAGAAGACGGUGAAUCUAAUGACAUGAAAGAGGAUGUAGAAGACUUGGAUGACGACCAUGAGAAUAAGCCUGUUGGCACUUUUGGGGUAGAUGAAAUUACAUCUGCUCUGGUACCAAAGCCUUCUGUUGAAAUUUCUGCAAAUGAUGUUUCUAGGAGAGAUUCUGCCAUAGGAACAAGCAAUGAUUUUGAUAUGGCGGUGAGGAAACCAGUAGUCACAAUCAGUAAUAGCAAUGGGAGCAGUACUGUGUCCGAGCCAGCUGACGUGCAGUACACUGGAUCGAUUGAUGAGACUGAAACACUUGGUGCUCCCCUACCUUCGGCCGUUGCUGCUGAAUAACCUCACAAGCGCAUCUAAAUGCUUCCAACUGGAGCUGGUUAUGUUUUUUUUCCGGAAAGCUUCUAAUACUGGAGAUUGGAGAAAUGCAAUAAUCAAAGUUUGAGUAAGCACUAUUCUUAUUAGUUUUGUGUGGUCAAGGAAAGAAGUUCAGUACAUGGAGUUCUUGUACAAAGUGAUACGAGAGAAGUAAAAAAUCUAGGGGUGAAAAUGGAAUCGCCUCUGGAUUGAGUUUGUUUGCGUUUGGAGUGAAAUUGUCCUAGUUCUUGCUUUUUUCCAUCAAGAAUCUAGGAUUUGUCGAAAGACAAGGCUAUCUUUCAGAGUGUUUUUCUCUUUUUUUUACAAUUUGGGUUGAAGUUGGUUAUGCAUACACAUGUAUAGUUCUGUAUAUCUAGGUAAUAUACUGCCAUGAGUAGAUCUUUUAGGCAGUAAUACUUUACAUGAGUGCCUCAUUUUUGCCCCUUUUGUGUACGAGUUGAAGGGCAUUGGAUCUUUGUAAUUUUUGUAUGUAAUAUACACAAACAACAGAAGUUCCCAUUUUGGUAAUGAGUACAGAAGAGAGAUAAUCUGCUAGUGGACUUUAAGUUGGUACAGCA